GUCAGUGGGACCUGUUUGGGGGUAAUGGCAAAAAAGUACAAAUUACAGAAAACGCGCAACAGAGAGAUGAAGAACAAACAGACAAACAGAUUUCUAUGGAGGAACUUUGUACCAGGGUACAAUGUUCGGGAUUAAAACCCCGUGUACGAGAAACGGCUAUAGAAACAAAAUGGCGGACAAUACCAGAGAAGGUACUGUACAAAAUGACCAUUUUUUGGUACAAAUAAAUGCUUUUUAUAACUUUUAAGAUAAUGUUUUUAUGUAAUUUAUUGCACAGGCGAGGAUGAAGAGACAGGUAUUCCCGAACUGGCUAAAGAUACGUUGGUAAGCUGUGUGUUUUGCAAACAAGGAGUGACAGAAUUUGACAAAAAUUUGAUUAAAUUUCUUUAUGCUUUAUACGCUAGGAUGUCGACCUUACACACAGAAAAAUUGAGAAGAUUGAAAACUUAGAGCAUUUAGAAAAGAUAGAGGUAUUAAAAUUACUGAAAUACAUAGUUUAUAGUAUACUGUAACCCAUAAAUUUACUGUUUCAUUUGCAAAAAUUUUUUUAUUCCAACAGACACUUUGUUUUCGAAGAAACAUGAUAAAAAAGAUUGAAGGUUUAGAUGCGCUGAUAACUUUGGAAGAAUUGGACCUUUAUGACAACCAACUUGAGAAAAUUGAAAAUCUGGAACUACUUGUCAAUCUCAAGUAUGAAAAUAAAUUAUUUUGUAUUUAUCAUGCACUCAUUUCUAUUUAAAUCCUUUCCAAUUUCAUUUCAUUAUUUUACAGGAUUUUGGAUCUUUCCUUCAAUACCAUCAAGGUGCUUGAAAAUCUUACGGCUUUGGUUAAGUUACAGAAAUUAUUUUUGGUUCAAAAUAGCAUUUCUAAAAUCAACAAUUUGACCACAUUGUCAUCAUUAACCAUGCUCGAACUGGGAGCAAAUAAGAUAAGGGUAAGUUUCGCCAGCUGACAGAUAUUGCUGGCACCAUAUCUGACUUGUACCAUAUCUGACUUGUACUAUAUGUCUGCUACAAAGUUACUCCUUGGUCAAGUGAUCUGACUAGUACCAUCUCAAUGGUACCAUUUUGGUAAUAUAAGAUAAAUCAAUGCUGAUUGGGCCUAAAGAAGUACCUGUGGUUCCGGUUUCAUAUCGCGAAAAAAUUAGGGUCGGUAGAUCGGAAAUUUUUUUUUUUAAUAUUUUUUCAUUGUUUUUUCAAUAAUUAGUGUGACAACAGACGCCAUUUUGGCAGCAGCCCGCAACCACCUGGAGAAAAUAGGGUCACACAGUCAAUCAUGUUGAAAAAGUAAUAGGGUCGGCAGAAAAAAAUAUGGUUGGUCGGGAACCAGAACCAAAGGUUUUUUUUAGGCCUUGGUUCCAUCUUGUUGGCAGUUCUAGUAUAGUUGAAUCUUCUACAGCGCUCGCAUACAUGUUAGUGCCAAGUUAGUCAUGUAUGAUUCAAGAAAAAUAUGAUAAAAAUAUUUUUCUAGAUUUAGUGUAAAUAGAACAUGUGUAUACCAAUUAUUUUUUUAUCUAGGUCAUUGAUGGUUUGAGUUCGUUAGUAAAUUUAGAAAGUCUGUUUCUGGGUAAAAACAAGAUAAGCAAACUUGAGGUUUGUAUGUUUCUCUGAGUUGUCAUUCAUUCUGAUUUUAAUUAGCAAAUUAAGUUUAUAUGAAAGGACUAUAUAAUUAAUUGUUUAGAAUCUUGAUGGCCUAAAAAAGUUAAAACUUCUCAGCAUUCAGAGUAAUCGCAUUACGAAACUUGAAGGGCUUGAUCAACUGGAAAGUUUAGAGGAAUUAUAUAUCAGCCAUAAUGGAAUUACUGCCAUCGAAGGCCUUGAGAAAUUGGUAGGGUUGACUUGAUCCAUCUUUGUUUAGUAUUAAUUUUAACCUCCGUUUAACCAUUGUGGUUUCAUAAUAUUUACUUGUGUGCCCAAGGUCAAUCUCAACACUCUGGAUUUGGCUUCAAAUCAAAUCAGUAGGAUACAAAAUAUUAGCCAUCUGAGCAAACUUGAAGAUUUUUGGGUAUGUACUGCAUCAAGAUUGAGAAUAGGCAAUGCAUUGAGCUGUAAUUGUUUAUCCACAGAUGACGAAUAAAUAAUACUCUUGUUUCAGUUCAACAACAAUCUGCUGGAAUCAUGGAAUGAUCUCGAUCAAUUGAAGAAAAUAGAGACUUUGAACACAAUCUACCUGGAAGGCAACCCUCUAGCAAAAGAUGUCAAUUACAGACGAAAAGUGAAACUAACACUACCAUUUGUUAAACAGAUUGAUGCAACUUUGACUGGGUAACUUUUGUGUAGCUUUGUAAAAUAAUAUGUAGCUUCAUAAAUAAGAACUAUAGUAUACAAUAGUUUGACUGUAUAUAUUUUUCCAAUAAGAUUUACCAAAACUUGAAAAGUGAAAGUCUAAUCUUUUCAUGUGAAAAGGAAACAUAUUUCUCCAAUUAGACAUGAGCAAGCCAAAUAUAAAACAAAUUAUAUUUAUUUAUACCUCCAAAUACAAGACUUCUAAAAUACUACUGGUAAUUGUGGCAACUACUGUACUGAGUAUUUUAAUUAUAGUACAAUACCAUACCAUGUUUAUUCAACAUUGUGACUAGAUAGAUUGUAGUCAUCAGGAAUGAUGAAAUUAUUACAUACCAUAGGUAUAAAAUAUAUACAAGUGAAGAAAUAUGAGAAUUACUAUAUAAGGUCAUAUUAUGGUUAAUUAUUGUUAGUUCUCUAGAAGCUUUAGUUCCAUGAUUAAGGUUAGGUUUCAGUCUGCAUAUUGCAAGUGGUUGGCUACUAAAUUAAAGUAUGCAGUUAAAUUAAAAGAAAAUCAGAUAAUAUACAUGUUAUAUUAGAGUCUUGAUGUGUUGCUAUUUACUGGUACUACAUCUAAUGUAGCUUCUGCUGUUGAUAGCGAUUAAUGAAACAGUCUAUAGAUACCAUAUGAAAUAUUAUUUAUUUACUGGCAAUUGUUCUACAUUUGUAUGUCUUAAAUAUAAACAUCUAUUUACUGUUGUAAUAUCAAUGUCUCCAAGUGGUGGAACACAACCACCAGAGGUUCUGUCUUGUAAUUCUUCAGGUGCUUUUCGAGCAAACUGAUCUGGUAUUAAAACAUUAUUUAAAAUCUGUGAUAUUUGAAAAUGGGUCAUUCCAGAAAACAUCCAUACUAUCCCCACAGAGGAAAUAGAAAGUUAACCCCCCUACCUUCUUCGGAUGUCCUAAUACAUUUACUAUUAUCAGAAACAAUUUUUUCUCCCCUCCCCCUCCGGACGGCAGAAAGUUCCUCUCUGGGGGGAGUAUGGAUCUUUUCUGGAAUGAUCCAAUAUGAACUAAAGGUGUGACAACCGCCUGAACUGAUAAUUCACUGACAUUAGAAUUUGGUUAAGCCUAAAAUCAACAUAAAUUGCAAUAUGUGAGGACACCCUACCUGUCAGGGUGGACAUUGAAUUCAAGGGGGGCGUUUUCAGUAAGUUCCAGGAAACAUAGCAGAACAGAACGAACAGGAAUGUGACACAGAAAUACAUUGGGCCAGCAAACACCCAAAAUCUAAGAG